AUGGAUGACAAUAGAUUCCUUGACAUUGUAGAAAAAAAUGUCAAUAAUGAGAACGAAAGUAGACAAUCAAAUUGUGAUUCUUUGAUCUACUCUCCAACAGUAUUGGCUAAGCAAAGCUCACAACAAGUUUUAAGCAAUAGAUUGCGUCUUAAAGCCUCUAUUGAUACUGUCAGAUGGUUAAUGUUUCAAGCUUGUUCUUUUAGGGGACAUGACGAGAGUCAUGAGUCUCAGAAUCGAGGAAAUUUUCUUGAAAUGUUAAAAUUAUUAGCUUCUUACAAUAAAAAAGUGGAUGCAGUUGUUUUGGAUAAUACUCCUCAAAAUGCAAUAUACACAUCACCUUCUAUUCAAAAGGAAAUUCUACAUGUUUUUGCUAGAAAGCUAGAGAUGAAUCUAGAAGAGAACAAAUGGCACUUGUUGUCAGAUUUAUCUAGAAGAGAACAAAUGGCACUUGUUGUUAGAUUUGUUGAUAAGCAUGGAUUUGUCAAAGAAAGGCUAAUAGAUGUUGUUCAUGUCAAAGAUACUACUUCUGCUACUCUAAAACAAGAGAUUUGUUCUGCAUUAUCUCAUCACAAUCUCAACAUUCAAAAUGUUCGAGGUCAAGGGUAUGACGGAGCUAGUAAUAUGCGUGGAGAGUGGAAAGGGUUACAAGCUUUAAUUAUUCAAGAAUGUCCUUAUGCAUAUUAUGUUCAUCUCUUUGCUCAUCAAUUACAACUAGCUUUUGUUGCUGCGGCUAGAGAAGUUGUUGAUGUUCAUACUUUUUUCCAAAGUUUGAGUAAUAUUAUCAAUGUUGUGUGCUCUUCUUGCAAAUGCAAUGAUGAAUUACGAUCUGCUUAUGCAACUGAAAUUUUCCAUUUAGUUGCAACUAAUCAAAUUGAAAUAGGAAGGGGAGCAAAUCAAAUUGGCACAUUAAAAAGAUCAUGA